AUGGUUUUCUUUCAAGGAACCCUACAAGAGGGUAUUGCUGCUGCUUUGCAGCAAGACUGGUCGGUUGUGUGCUUCGUGACAGAUGGCGAGACCGAGGGCCAGCAAUGGGAGAACGACUUUUUUGAAGAAGAAGGGGUCAAGACACUGCUUCAGACCCGCGCUGUGAGUCUACGACUUGAAGCGGGUUCUCAAGAAGAGCAGUUCCUUGCCCAGCUCUACCCGUUGCCCAAGAAACCCACUGUUGUUAUCAUCAGGAAUGGUCAACUCAAGGAGUAUAUUGCUGCUGGUGCGACUAAAGACGACUUUGUACGGAGGAUCACAGCUUCUCUUGCAACAACAACGCGCCCGGCGAAUGAAUCUAUCACAACCUCAGCGGGAUCCGCCCAGCCACAGGCUGAGGCCACACCGGUGCCGCAACCUGGCCAGAUAAGUCAUUCUGAGGGGCCGUCAGUUGGUGGCUCCGGUCCGACGAUACCGCCCCCUUCGACUGGCUCCCUUGCAGAUGGGCGAGCGGAGGAAAUUACUCAGCGGGAGAAAAAAGACGGUGAGGCCAACAGCAAGCCCACAGAAGAAACUACGUCAAAAAAGUCGGAGGAGCAGCAAAGACACGUCGAGGUACUCAAAAAGAAGCAGCGUGAAGCACGUGAAGAGCGGGAGAGAGUCCUCAAGGCCAUUGAGGACGACAAAGUCGCACGAAAGGUCGAACAGGCCGAACAGGCUGCCGCACGACGGUCAUCACUGGUUCCUGAAACCUCGAGCCAGACUUCUAGUGCACCAACCACUCAAAAGGCUAAAGCCAGCGAGACCUGCGCUCUUCAAGUUCGACUCUUCGACGGUUCCACCAUCCGCAACCGCUUCCCUAGCAGCGAGACUCUCAAGGAUGUCCGGAAAUGGAUUAUUGAGACACGUGAGGACGUUGAUGACGGUUUCACGUUCAAAGUUCUCUUGACGCCACUGCCGAGCAAGACGAUUGCGACCACUGACGAGGACAAGACCCUCCUAGCUUUAAAGCUCACACCCUCGGCAACCCUAAUCCUAUACCGCGUGCGCACUACAUUUACUGUUAGCUCUCCUUUCACGCCCGCAACAACCUCCGCCGCCGGCGAGCCACAGGGCAAUGUUUUCCAGCGGUUGAUCUCUUUGAUCUUGGCUGCCGUCACAGGCCCCUUCAGCACGCUCUUCGCCUUUUUCUCAUCCCUGUUCAGCACAUCCGGGCCACCGCCAUCGGCUUCGGAGCCGACGAGUGCUUCCCAAGCAUCCGGCUCGCAGAGUCGGCCCACUUCUGAUGCAGCGAGGCGCCGAGGGGGCCGGGUAGCUGGAGUGGACCAAACAGAAAGGCGGCGAGAUGACCAGCAGUUUUACAACGGGAAUUCGACAAACUUUGAACCUAGGUCGGAUGAUGGGGAGUGA